CAUGAAAAUGUAUUUCAUGAUUUGCCCAAAAUUAUUCUAAUGAAAUCCAAAAUGGUAUUACGUCAAUUGUUGUCAUUGUGCACUUUCUCGAAGACUGGUGAAUUUAAACCAGGAAAAACUAUUGACGACAUGAAACGGAGAAGACAUGAUUUUAUGCAGUUUACAAAUUUUCUCUGUGGUUACAUAUUAAUGAUAGAUCUUGGCGCAAACUUAACCUGGCCCUCACCUGCAAUGCCCUAUUUAACAAGUAAAAAUUCAACAAUUCCAAUGUCAAAUGCUCAAGGUGCACUUUUGGCAGCGAGUACAAGUAUUUCUGGAAUAAUAGGAUUACUUCUGUGCCCUUUAAUAAUGGAUAGAAUUGGUAGAAAAUACACGAUCCUUGUAUUAGGAUUAAUACAACUGUUGUCAAAAAUUUUAAUCUACAUAGCUUACAACUACACAUUUUUAUUUGUAUCAAGAAUGAUGCUUAGUGUAGGUAUGAUGGGAACAUUCGCCUUCCUCCCUCUUUACAUAGGAGAAAUUGCUGCUGAAAAUAUAAGAGGAAGGUUUCUCAUUUUCGACAAAAUCUGUGCAAACUUUGGAUCAUUCCUAACGUCAAUCGCCGGAUCUUUUCUAGCUUAUAACUCGAUGAACCUAGUUAUGAUAUCUAUACCAAUAAUUGCAAUUCUACAUUUUCCACUUAUGGAAGAAACUCCGUAUUACUAUUUGAUGAAGGGUCGAGAAAAAGAAGCUAUUGAAACUCUAAUGAAAUUGUCGGGAGAGAAUAGAGUUGAAAUGGUAAGAGCAAAUACUGAAAGAAUGAAGAAUGCUAUUCGUGAAGGACGCGAUUCAAAGAAAACCAGCGUUAUAGAAUUAUUCAGUGACAGGGGUAGUCGAAGGGCUUUGAUGAUCAAAAUGAUUGCAGAAAUAACAUAUAUUUUCUCAGGUUAUCAUGCAAUUCAAACUUAUGCGCAAGAAAUUUUUAGCAACAGUGGUUCAUCCUUAGCGCCAGGACACUCCGUGAUGAUCAUGACAGGAAUUCAAAUAUUUGCUGGCUUGCCAUCUUAUCAUGUGGUUGACCGCUGGGGACGAAGGCCAACUUUUUUACUAUCCGGAGUAUUGUCUGCACUUUCAUUGGCAAUCGUGGGCCUCUUUUUCUUUUUAAAGUUCUUUCUUAAAGUCGAUGUCUCUUUUUUUACUUGGCUACCACUUGUUGGUCUAAUAUCAUUUACUUUUUCCUGCAACAUCGGACUCGCCACAAUUCCUUAUGUUUAUAGAGGAGAGCUGUUUUCUGUUAAAGUGAAGACUGUAGCUACUAUGUUCUCAGCGAUUAUUGCAGCAAUACUGAUAUCCAUAGCUCAAAUAAGUUUGCCACUAUUGAACGACUCUAUUGGUAUUUACUCAAGUUUUUGGAUUUUUGCGUCUUUUUGUCUGGUGGGGUCAACCACUGUUUUUUGUAUUGCACCAGAAACUAAAGGAAAGAAUUUAGAAGAAGUUAUCGAUUUAUUAAGGAAAAAAUAAUACUGUAAGGAGAAAAAGGUAUUGUCAAAGAAAUUAAACUCAUCACAUAGCGUAAAUAAAACAUUAUUCGUUUAA